ACCCCUGGCGGCUGGAGUCGAGGGAAUUGGGCGCCUCGGGAGGUGGCACCGCCCCUCUUGUGGGCACAAGCUGGUUGGGGGCGGCGGGAGCCGAACGGGGCCAGUCGCGCCAGGCAGCGUGCACAGGCGUGGACGUGCUGGGGUACGGCCGCGGGUGGCGCGAGAAGAACUGCGCCGAGACGCAGCAGGUAAUUGCUGCCAUGGAAACACAACUGUCUAAUGGGCCAACUUGCAAUAACACAGCCAACGGUCCAACCACCAUAAACAACAACUGCUCGUCACCAGUGGACUCCGGGAACACAGAGGACAGCAAGACCAACUUAAUAGUUAACUAUCUUCCUCAGAACAUGACACAGGAGGAACUAAAGAGUCUUUUUGGGAGCAUCGGUGAGAUAGAGUCCUGUAAGCUUGUAAGGGACAAAAUAACAGGGCAGAGCUUGGGAUAUGGCUUUGUGAACUACAUUGACCCUAAGGAUGCAGAGAAAGCUAUCAACACCCUGAAUGGAUUGAGACUUCAAACCAAAACAAUAAAAGUUUCCUAUGCUCGCCCAAGUUCAGCUUCUAUCAGAGAUGCAAAUUUAUAUGUCAGUGGACUUCCGAAAACAAUGACACAGAAGGAAUUGGAACAACUUUUUUCACAAUACGGACGCAUUAUUACUUCUCGUAUUCUGGUUGACCAGGUCACUGGCAUAUCAAGGGGUGUAGGGUUUAUUCGAUUUGACAAGCGGAUUGAGGCAGAAGAAGCUAUCAAAGGCCUAAAUGGCCAGAAACCUCCUGGUGCCACAGAGCCAAUCACUGUAAAGUUUGCUAAUAAUCCAAGCCAAAAAACAAAUCAGGCCAUCCUUUCCCAGCUGUACCAGUCUCCAAACAGAAGGUAUCCAGGACCACUAGCUCAGCAGGCACAGCGUUUUAGGUUGGACAAUCUGCUCAAUAUGGCUUAUGGAGUAAAGAGUAGGUUUUCUCCAAUGACCAUUGAUGGAAUGACCAGUUUGGCUGGAAUUAAUAUCCCUGGGCACCCAGGAACAGGGUGGUGUAUUUUUGUGUACAACCUGGCUCCUGACGCAGAUGAGAGUAUCCUGUGGCAAAUGUUUGGGCCUUUUGGAGCUGUCACCAACGUGAAGGUCAUCCGUGACUUUAACACCAAUAAAUGCAAAGGUUUUGGAUUUGUGACUAUGACAAACUAUGAUGAGGCUGCCAUGGCGAUAGCUAGCCUCAAUGGAUACCGUCUGGGAGACAGAGUACUGCAGGUCUCCUUUAAGACAAACAAAACGCACAAAGCCUAAUGAGCUCUUGUCCUCAGUCCAUUUAUAUAUGAAAACUAUACAACAAAGGCAAGUUAAGAGAAACUUUAUACAUUAGUAAAUGUCUUUGUAAGUCAGUGUUGAGAUGGGG